ACAGCAACACUCGCAUCAGCUGUGAUCAAUAUUUAAAAAUUCGAAAAAAAAAUUGCUAAAAUCUGCGAAAUUAACAUUUUUGUGCAACUUCCCAAAACCUAUUAGGAUGGAGGAGGUUUUAGAGGAAGUGUUAUACAUCAAACCAGAACCCGAAGAGCCGGUGGACUAUCCCCUUCCAGAGCUGGAAGUUGUCGCCGGUCCGUUGGAUAUUGAAAUUCCAACAUGCAAUCAGCAAGUGAACCAGUACUGCCGGUUAUGUUUACGUGACAAGGGCUCCCUGUUCCCGAUUAUGUCACGCGUGCAGACCAUUAUGCUUCCCGAUAUGAUCGCAGCCGUCACAGGUAUCUGCAUCAAUCCGCGGGAUAAUCUACCGAAAAAGGUGUGCAUUCACUGUGUGGUAAAGUUAGAUUAUGCAUACCAUAUCCGGUUAGAGUUUACUGAGAGUUACCGGGUGCUGAAGAAUUUGAACAGCUCCAAACUAUAUUCGCUAUGGGACUCGCUGCGGGAUUUUCAGAAUGGGGUGCUUGCGAAAACUGAGACUCGAUCUGAGAAGCUUCUGCGGCAGAAUCGGAACAUAGUACGGACUAGAUUGAUUAAGAAGGAAGAAGAGUUGACCGACAUGAUCGGUGAGGAGUUGAUUGAAACAUGUGAUGUAGAGGAACGCAAAGUGGUGCAGACUCCCGAAGAUGAACUUGAAAUGAUUUUGGAUCCGAAAGAGUCUCUAAACGAAAUGUCGCAAAUAGAUUGUAAAGAGGAAGCUGAACACGAUGAUCCGAAGGAGAUGGAAUCGAUAAAUAGUGACGGAUGGGAACCGGAAGAUGUGGAUUCUAUAGCUCACUCUAGAACUGAAAAGAAGAAAGACGCUCAAGUGGCAAAUUCCGAUAAACUAAGAACAAUACUUAACUACAAGGUGGAAAUAAAAGAGACCAAGCUGGACCCGAAGAAAUGCUACAUUUGUAAAACAGACUUUGCGAACCCGAACGAUUUGGAGGUCCACCUGCCUGAGCAUGCCCACAUGGUACCUUAUGAUUGCGAGGAAUGUAAAGCCACCCGUACGGAAGCGAAGACCAUUUUUACGGUCAUUAUGCUCCAUCGCCACUUUCGGAUGCACGCAGGUUCAAUCAAGUGUCCGGAAUGUGCCUUCCGGACAUACACGAGCCAUGGACUGUAUGGACACAUUAAAAGGUACCACAUGGAAAAUACAAACACAGUGUACACCUGUGAGGUUUGCGGGGCGAAUGUUAAGAAUAUAAAAGCAUUCGAAGUUCAUUCACGAAUGCACAAAGCCAUAGAAGAAGGACGGUACACGUGUUCUUUCUGUGCUAAAAAGUUUGCUACGAAAACACGAUUGGAACGACACGAACGGAUCCAUACCAACGAGAGGCCUUACCAGUGUCGGUACUGCAGCAAGGCGUUUACAAAUGAAACAUCUUUCCAGGCACAUGAGCGUUCUCAUACCGGUGAACGGGGUUAUCGUUGUGAAGAGUGCGGGAAAGGCUUUCGCACCAGAACAUCCCUGAGCAUGCAUCUGGGUAUGAUACACAAGAUAGGAGGUGUAAGUUCAAAUCCGUUCAAAGGUGUAAGGUCAGGUUCUGACAACAAAGAGAAGUAUGUUCUCUAUGAAAACCCGGUGAAAUGUUCGUACGAGGGUUGUGACUUCGAAACAAAUGUCCGUUCAAAGUAUUACAGUCACAAGGCAAAGCAUGAUUUGAGGUUUAACUGCUCGCAUUGCGAGCAGCGGUUUCCCACUAAGCAACGAUUGGAUCUGCACUCGUACGUCCAUACCGAGUUGAAAUCAUUCUGCUGCGAUGUAUGUGGGAAGAGCUUUCGGUAUCGGGCAAGUUUCGUCGAGCACAUGGCUGGCCACAGCAACAUUCGACCGUAUGCUUGCACAGUUUGCGGCAUGUCAUUUGUUCGUGACCGGAAUUUGAAGGAGCACAUGUUGAAGCACUCAGAUGAAUUGACAUAUGCGUGUCGUCAUUGUGGCAAGAAGUUCCGAUAUCGAGCUGAUUUAUCCAAGCACGAGAGGACCCACGUUGCGGGAGAAUUAGUGACCAAAGAGGAGGUAGUGGUGGAUUUUGAGUCUCAUGGUGGGAUGGAUGUGAUUGUGGAGGAGUACGAUGAGGAUGGUGAGAUGGUGGAAUAUCUAGAUGACUAGGGUAA